UCUUUAUCUGCUUUCAGCUUGUGGCUAACCGGUGAACUCCAAGAAAAUGAACUCACUUCCAUUUUCAAUCGGCACAUUUAAUCCAACGAAUCAUCUCUUUACCAAUAGAUUAGAAGAAUUUCCCACAAGAAAUAAAAAUCUGCUGAUUCUUGAUUCUUCUACUACAGUCAAAUCCAACGAAACCAAAUAUCCCAACACAAAUUCAGCUUCUUUGAGCAGAAGAGAAGCCGUUGGUUUUGGCUUCUGCUUCAGCUUUCUUCAGCUUGUUAUUCCACAACCGUUUCCCGCGGCGGCUGAGGGCGGCGCCGCCACUCCUUGUCAGUUCACAGAAGCUCCGUCUGGGCUCGCGUACUGCGAUAAGGUUGUCGGGUUCGGGCCUGAAGCUGUCAAAGGCCAGCUGAUUAAGGCGCAUUAUGUAGGGAAAUUGGAAAAUGGGAAGGUGUUUGACAGCAGCUACAAUAGGGGAAAGCCUCUUACUUUUCGUGUAGGUGUCGGUGAGGUGAUCAAAGGAUGGGAUGAAGGAAUCAUAGGUGGGGAUGGAAUUCCAGCCAUGCUUGCUGGAGGAAAACGUGAGCUGAGAAUCCCACCUGCACUUGGAUAUGGCAUAAGAGGAGCUGGCUGUAAUGGAGGAUCAUGCAUUAUUCCUCCUAAUUCAGUUCUCGUGUUCGAUGUGGAGCUUAUCGGAAAGGCUUAGCAGAUUUGAUUUUAUUACACGCUUGGAUUUUGGAGCAAGAGCAAUGCACGUGUGAAUCAUCGUCUAUUACUUUUAGUUCAUCAUAUAUAUUUUUAUUUUUAAUUCUUAAUUUUACAAUCAUUUUAUGAUCCACAACAUAUAUAUACAAUUCUUUCGGGAUUUGAACUCAGGACUUUUUAUUCAACAUGACUUUGAUACGAACGU